GAUGUAAUUUGCAAUUAUUGACCGCCAAUCACUGAUUUCCGUUUACAAAUUGCACAGCACCAGCGGCAGAUGCCCAAACUGUGCGCCGAAAUCGCAAAGCAGCUGUCCAGCUGGUGCCAGAAGAAGUGCAGCCCGAAGUGUCCGGUACUGAGGUGGCCAGGCUACGUGGACGCAGUCAAAGAGAUCGACCCACAUGUGGAGGAGGAAUUCCUGCUUCAGUCUACCAAAUUUCUGGACCAUCUGGGAGAGGUCAUCUUCAAAUGUCCGAGUGCUUCUGAUCCCAUCAUUGUCCUGAAGCCCAACUGGCUCUGCACUGACGUCAUCGGUCCAAUGAUGGCACCAGUCAACUUCCCCAUUCCCCGCCCGGAGAGAACAAGCGAAGACUACGUCACCAGGGCGGAGAUCCAGCGCGUCUUCCAAGACGUUGCUGACGUGGAUCUCCUCAUCACCCUGCUGCAAGAGUUCCAGCUCUGCCACUCCUAUGACGGACAGACCUUCAUCUUCCCAGGGCUGCUGACACAAACCAUGCCUCCUGACAAGUGGCAACCAACACUUGAGCCGAAGGUGGUCUACUUUGGGAAGCAAGUCCAGUGUGCCGGCUCAACCGACAUGUUCUCCUCCGGGUUCUUCCCCCGAGUGCAGACCCGCCUGAUGAGGGAGCUGGAGAAUCGCCCGCUGCUGUGGAGAGAUGGCGCCAAGUGUGUGGACAAGAAUGUGGAAGGUCUGAUCAAACUCUCUCCGGACGGCCGUGCAGUCAACAUCUGUGUCCGGAGUGCGCAGGGUGACAAGGUGCAGUGUGGCAAGAUGCUGCAGCAGCUGGAGAACAUCAUCGCAGAUGUGCUGGAUGAGUGCAGCCCAGGAACAGGCACAGUUGAGAAGGUGCUCAGCGCUCGUGCACUGAAGGAACACAUGGAGGAAUUCUACUCCUACGGCAAGGAGGAGAUCAGCAAGGCAGCAGCAGAGGGCGGUACAAUCCUCCAUCCCACCCUCGGGUUCACGGAACGGGUCAGUGACCUGCUUUGUGGAGAGGAUGAGGACCCGAGGCUUCAGGGCUUAGGUAUGUCUUCUCAAUCAAUGUUUUAUUGAGUAA